UCGCCGUGAGCGCUCGUUACGAGAGGAUCUAAGUUUAUAUGAUUCUAUACUUUUCCGUGCACUUGACAAUUUCAGUCUUAUAUCCAUUGGAUUGAAUAAAAUUUAAUCAGAAAAUUGGGUAAUCAAAGUUUGUCAAAUAUUUUGUCGUACUUUCGAAAAUAUUAUGAAGUAUUUCAGUGACAAAUAACAGUUGGGACGUGAGAAUUUGGCAGUUGUGAGAGAUUUUGUGACGCUCAUUUCAAGAAAUUAAGUUGAAAAGACUGAAGUGAACUUGAAUAAUAUUAGCAAGUUUUGUGGAGAAUAUUUUCAUGCUAAAAGUGUCAUUUUUUGAGACAAUUAACAAUUUUUACAUGAAUUGUUUAGCGGAAAAGAAGAGAAAGUUAAACGAUCCCAAAGUGUUUUAAUAAUCCCAACCCGGUAACACUCUGGUUGCAGCAAAAGUGCGUGAGAAUCUAACAAAUUAAAAAAUUCUGUGAUAAGACAUUUUUUCUCCCGAACCCUGGACAGUUAUUCUCAUUACUGCGUCAUGCGUUAACCUCUUGGUAGUUUUUCUCCCCCUCAUCGAUAUAGUUUCAGUGCUUCGCCCCUCUUUCCCUCCUAUUUUUUUUGUAGCUGUGUGAGUGUACGUGAUUUUUCUGUCCGGCUUCUUGUCGUUUGGGAGCUUGAGAAGCGCGUGUUACUGCUGCUUGAAUAGAAAAGAGCGAGGGAGCCGAAAGAGAGAGGAGGACAGAAAGAAAAAUAAAAGGAAAAGAGCCGGUGCAAUUUUCCACGCGGUGUGUGCCAGGGCCUGAAUAUGUCAGCUAAGCGAAAGGCCACUGCCAUCAUGCAGCACCACAAGGAAAAUAUUUCGACCCCAGAGCCUGCAGACAUCACCGAAGAUGACCAGUACUCAAGCGCGCUAAUGAAAGACGCUCAAAAACUGAAGCUGAUGCUGAUAGCUUGGAAUUAUAAUCUUCAGCAGCAGGCACAGGCGCAAGCCGCCACAGCGGCAUUAUCACCGAAUAACUCAUCAACAACAACCGCCACAACCAUUGGCACACCUGUCACCAGUCAAUCGGCUAUAUCCAUGGCAAACAACACCAUUAACAACUCCACAUUCACAGAUUCGAGGAAUGGUAGUGCCGAACUCGGCGAAUUAUCCUCAGCUGGAAUUCCAAGUUUGGGUUCGGUCGCCGGUAUGGGAAGUGAGGACAUGGCGUCAUUAUGGGCAUCAUACACAAUGGGUCUUAAAAAGACACCUCCGCCUGCAUCAUCAAUGACACCAUCGCGCUCAGACAGAGACAGAGAGUCGAGCCCAACCGGUGGUGAGGGGACAGGCAGCGCACAGGACGAAACAAGCAGCAGUGGUAAUAAAGAGGAUGAAGAUGACGACGAUGAGGACUCUGACGAACGAUUGGACCCGAGACAUCAUGACCCUGAACGUCUCAAGGCGUUUAACAUGUUUGUUAGACUCUUCGUCGAUGAGAACUUGGAUCGCAUCGUGCCAAUAUCAAAACAGCCCAAGGAAAAAAUACAGGCUAUAAUUGACAGUUGUACAAGACAAUUCCCGGAAUUUGCUGAACGAGCUAGAAAGAGGAUAAGAACGUACCUGAAGAGCUGUCGGAGGAAUAAACGGGGAAGGGAAGGAGCUCCGUGGGAUGCCGCGAGACCGACGCCGGCUCACUUGACCUCGGUACAGGCAGAGCAGAUUUUGGCAACGGCUUGUGAAAACGAGAGCGACAACGCAAAACGCAUGAGACUCGGUCUAGAACCGGUCUCACAGCCUAUGCCCACAUUGCCAGCAGCAACGCAAACGGACGUUCGAGCGAGUCUCGAUCACUUCUCAAGUACUCCAGUUAAAUCACUACCUGGUAAAAGAGAGGAUACACCACCGACAUCGUUAACAUCCCUCGCCCCACUGACUAGUUUGGCCAGUUUACCAAGUAGUACACUGGCAUCGACACCUCUUUCCUUAGCACCUGCAUCCAAACUACUGACGCCCACUGAUAAUAACAAGGGUCUCAUGAGUCAAGCGACGAUAGUGAGCUCCUCGUCGGUGAAUGGUGUUGCAAGCGGUGGUGCACCAACAGCCAUGUACAGGCCCAACUUCAGUCAGGCUUUUCAGCGGGCUGGACCUACAUCCGUGCCACCCACACUCUCAGCGGGAUUGUAUCCAACCCAAAGUUUUACGUCGGGAUUAUUGAGCAACGGUACACAAAGACCAACAGAUCUCAGUAUGAAAAAUACAAAGCCGUUAUUAAGUCACAAAUUGAAUGCAACGGAAAUGACAGCCGUCAGACAACUGAUAACUGGCUAUCGGGAGUCGGCAGCAUUUCUCCUCAGAUCAGCUGACGAACUCGAACAAUUACUUCUGCAGCAGCCCUAGAAUUACGUAUGAGUUGAAUGAAUUAACUAUUAAAUACUCUCCAUAGAUGAAUACGAGAAUUGUUAGUUAUUAUUUGAAUUUGUUCUUGGGUACCUUCUCUUCCGCUGAAAUGUUCUUUUUCUUCUUUACCGAUAGCCAUACAAGUCCAGGUACCUACAACCAACGAAAUAGUUUACUGAAUCCAAACUUAUCCAGAAAAAAAUUAAACUAUUUCAUUUAUUUUUUCGAAUUGUGUUGUUGCCAAUUUAGCUGCAAUCUUUUUUGAAAUAAUUCUUUUUUUUAUUUUUACUGAAAAAAAAUAUGAAAAAAUAAAUAAACAGGGUGUAUAUACAGAGGAAUUAUGAAUAUUUACUUAAUUAAUCGUAAGGGAGAGAACGAUAUAUGUGUAAUAAAUGUGCUGAAGGAUUAGCGUGAUCACAAGUAGUCGUGCUUGCGCUGAUUGUGCGUCGAUUUACAACAAGACCUUAAAAAAUUUCUACAGUGAAGCUGGAUUGGAAAAAAAAUAGUUUUUCAGUCAAUAAUUUCGCACCCAUUGCUGGUAGAAUAUAAGCCUCAGUGAAUAAAAAUAACCUGGUUAAAUACAUAGUCAUCAUUGACUGAUGACCGGAUAGCAAAUUGAUUAGAACAGCUGAGCGUACAAAAAAAAGUCGACAGUAUCUUUAUGAAUAAUUUAUGUACAUAUUAUCCGGACAAAUUUAUAAUUAUAUUAUUAAGAAAUAAAAAUGUGUAGACGAUUGCGACAUUUGUGAUUAUUUACUGAGAUUACAAUGACCAGACAAGAAAAAGACAAAAUUAAUAAAUCAGCUGAAAUCGAUAAAACUCUGAAAAUUAAUCCGGCAAUUGGGACCAUCUCGUUACGUUCGGACAAUAUACGGAGUUGUGGUCACCAUAAAUACAUCACCGUGCUACCAAAGAACACAAACAAUUCAUAAAUGGUAAUAACAUGAGUAAGGAAUAUAGUAAUAAUCAAUUAAGUGAUAAAUACUGAUACUAGUUUUUAUUAUUAUUUUUUCCCUCAAAAUACAUUUUAUUACAUUUUUUUAGUCAUUUUUAUUGAGAGUUUAAUUGUGCGAACAAAAGGUACUUCAAGAGUCAAAAGCAGGUGACGAAUGAACAUAUAAUUAAACUAUUGGAAUUGGUUUCGUCCUUAUAAUCGUUAGCUUUUAUUCUAUCGUUGUUUUGUACAUAGUUUAUGUGCCGGAUAGAGUGCAUAUAUAAUACUAAAUAUAGUGGCAUACCGUUUUAAUUGAAGAAAACAAACCCAUUCGCUCCUUAAUGAGGCACCAAAACCACGAGGCGAAGUUGAUGAUAUUUAAAAAGAAGAGAAAUAUAUUACAAUGUAUAUUAACUAUUAAUGAAACUAUUAUCGAAUUUCAACAGUGAGAUAACAUUCCGCCUGACGUCAUGAUAAUAGAAUAGUUAAGUUGAAUAAAUUGAGAUAAUUCAUAAUUCAAACUCACAUCAGAUUGUUUUUGUUCUUGAAAUUAAUGGAAAACAAAAAUAAUAGCAGUAAUAAUGAUAAAAUAACAAUAAUAUAAUUCUUUCCUGACUUAAUGGUGACAAAUGUAUAGGAGGUAAAAUUAUUGGAGAUUAAAUUGAUAUUCGAUACAUACUGUGAAAUUAAAUAUGUAACUAGUCUAAAAUAUUUGUUCCUCCAAAAAAUGAAAUGAAAAUUGGUGAAUAAAAAUCUACCUUGAGUUGAAUUUUAUCUCCUAUAUGCCCGAAGAAAUUAUUUUCUAUUAAUUCAAACUUGGGGAAUAAAAUUACAUCCCUUGUGAAAUGAAAAAAAAAAAAACAACCAUGUAGUCUGUAAUGCUUCAUAAUUUUGAAACAUUAUUGUGCCUCGCAAAAACAACGUUCAUUGGAUAGCUUCUGAAGAAAUUAAACUACAAGUAAAUUUUGUGCAACCCAUGUACCGUAUUAUUUGCCAAACGAUUAAAAUUUUAAAAAAUAUUUAUGUUGAGUUUUCCCAAGUCAUCACUUCCCUAGAGAAAGAUAAAGAAAAUAAUUAAACUACAGAAUAAUCGAUACAUGCACAAUGUAACUACAUAUGUCAGUGAAUUUUCCAAUACAUGUAGAUCCCACGCUGAUUUUUACGACGAUUAUUGCAAGUCCAUUUAACAAUAAAAAUUGAAAAAUCUAAUUAAGUCGUUAUUAACGAGUCGUGUCAGCGUUCGAAUUAGUUUAAAUACAGAUUAAUAAUGGUACAAUAGAAAUUUCCGUAAUCAUUAAUAACCGGUGGCAGAAGUGCUUCAUACAUAAAAUAUUAUCUGAAUCAAUUCUUUUGUUUAACAUCGCUGUUUGUGUUUAAAUUUUUUUUUCGCACCUGUAAAUAAUUGCAAUUCCGACAAUUAAAUUUUUGAAAUUCAAUAAAUUUAUUUAAUUUGUACCUUAGUCAUUAACAAAGCCAGGGACAAGAUUCUCAAGCGACUUGAGUGUUGAUAUGUUCGGAGAAUUUCUCUGUGAUAAAAUAAUAGAAAAAAAAAUCGAAGUAAAAUUUAAAGAAGCAACAACUUUUUUCAUCGAGACUUAUCGCCGAAAUUCUUAUAAACUGUAAUAAAUUAAACAUUAAGCAAGUCUCUUGUUUUCUGAUUCUUUCUCUUCACUUCUCGAUGUUUCCUCUGGUUCAAAGUUUUUUUUUAUAAAGAUGUGUAGGAGAGAGUCUGAAAUAGAAUUUAUUUAUGACCGCUUAAGUUCAUUUUCGUGUGAAGAAAAAAAAACACUCUUGUUCGAUUGUGCCAUGACUACAUUUUUUUAUACAUCAAUUGUUGAAGAAUUCAGUAGACUUAAAUUCUCAAUUACUCAUUCAGUGAAAUAAAUGUAAUGAGCCGAUGAAAUUGUAAAGAUAAGUCGCGCUCUAGAGUGGAGAAACGAGACAUAAAAAGUUAGAAUAAAUAAGAGAACGACAGGAGUAAAAAAAGCAUUACAGCGUAAUUGUAAAAUAAAUAAAGUUAUGAAAGUGAGAAAACGAUAAAUAAUUCUUUGGAAUCUAAACAGGAGUAAAAACCGUCUCAACAUGAGGUGAACGAUAAAGGGAAACAAGAAAGUGUCUGUUCCUUAAUCCGUACGGGUUGAAUCUAAAGGAAGGCGAUAAAAAAGAAAAUGAAGAAAAAGUGAAUCCACAGCUCAUAUUAAUCGCGAAUUGAUGUAUAUUGAUAAAACAUGUAUUUGUUCCUGAAAAGAAAAUAAUAAUAUUAAUAAUAUGAAUAAUUUAGUAAUAAAAAUUAAUGAAUUAACGAUGAUAAUGAUGAAUGAAAUGAAACAAUUUUCGAUGGUACAUAAUUUUCUUAUAAGUGAAAAUACAUGGAAUUACCAUAAAAACAAAUUUAACUGUAGAGUUGUUACAGUCUUUGAGGAUGCCUUGCCUGUAAAUGUAACACGCGUUGAAUGAACAAAAAAAAAAUGGAAAAAAAUAACAAAAAAAGAAAACAAUCUUAUUACCUUGUAAAUGUUUUACCAAAUAUAAUCGACCAUUCAACUUACAAAAA